AUGCCUUCCGUCCUCAUCUUCGGUGGUUCUGGCAAAGUGGCCAAGUUCAUUACAGCAAGUCUAGUGAAGCAGGAUUACAAAGUCUAUUCUGUUAUCAGACGAGAAGAUCACGUCCCUGAACUUCGCGAACUGGGCGCCACACCCAUCAUUCAGUCGCUGGAAGACUCAACAGUAGCCGAACUGACGGCAACCAUUCAAACCUCCACGCCCGACCUAGUCAUCUUCGCCGCAGGAGCAGGCCUACGAGGAUUCGAAGACCCCAACCUCAGCAUCCUCGUCGACCGCGACACGGCCAUCCGUGUCUUCGACGCCAUGGCCGAAGCGAACGGCACCAAGCGCCUCAUUACCAUCUCAACCAUCGAUGCGAGAAAUCGUGACAAGCCAUCCCCCACCUGGUAUAACGAAGAGGACCGGAAAUCCAGUGACAAGCUAUGGGGCGCGGUGCCUACAUACGUGAAGGCCAAGUUCGAGGCCGACAAGGACCUCGUGGAGCAGAAUUCGCGACGACGGCUGGAUUAUACCAUUAUUCGGCCCACCUGGUAUGGGGACGAUGAGCCGACGGGAAAGGUCAAGGCUGGAUUCGCCGGCUUCUCUCCCAAAGUAAGCAGAAAGGACGUGGCGGAUGUUUUCGUUGCUUGUAUUGAGAACCCGGCCACCAUCGGCUGUGUGUUUGAGGUCUCGGGCGGUGAAGUUCCUAUUCAUGAAGCCGUUCAACGUGUUGCUGAGGACAAGGUCAAUACUUUUGGUGAGAUGUACCGAUAG